AUGCGGGCCCUACGACUGGUUUUGCAGCCGGCGCGCCGCUCCCUAGGUGUGGUCGCAACUCGAAUACCUCCUCGCUCUACCACCGCACCGUCUCCGAUCCUCCGCCGCAUACAGCCUCAGUUUCCUGGCCGACGACUGUUCUCGCAGACCGCCUGCCGACCGAACAAGUGGCAGGGCCCGCCGCGGGACCCCUCACGCGACCCGGACUACCAGCUGCGGGUCCGCUCUCGCGACCCGACCUACCAGCUGUCGCGGGCGAAGCCGCUCGUAACCCACGACAGCCUCCGACGCUUCAUCCGCUCGCCGAGCCUGCAUACAGUGGUGGUGCUCUCGAUCGUGGGCGCGGUCGCCUUCUACUUCAGCAACCUCCAGACGGUGCCGGUCUCCGGACGGCGGCGCUUCAACUGCUUCAGCGAGGAGUCCGUCAAGGCGGCCAGCGACGCACAGGUCAAGCGCAUAGAAUACGAUGUCGAGCAGACGGGCAAGAGGUUCCUGGGGAACUGGGAUCCGCGGACGAGGAUGGUCGAGAGAGUCAUGGCGAGGCUGAUACCUGUGAGCGGUAUGGAGGACGCAGAGUGGGAGGUCAGAGUCAUUGAUGAUCCUCGCACCGCAAACGCCUUCGUCCUCCCAGGGGGCAAAGUUUUCGUGUACAGCGGCCUCAUCCCAAUCGCCAAGAACGAGCACGGCCUGGCUGCAGUUUUAGGGCACGAAAUAGCACAUAACCUGGCAGAACACGUCGGCGAGCGCAUGUCGUCGCAGAUCGGCGUCAACAUGCUGCUCUACUCGGUCAUCUUCCUCACGGGCGGCAUUGCGAUCUUCGCCACGUCGUUCAUCGGGGGCGGCAUUCUGGACCUCCUGUUCUCGAAACCGAUGGGCCGGCUGCAGGAGAGCGAGGCCGACUACAUCGGCCUGAUGAUGAUGGCGGAGGCCUGCUACGAUCCGCAGCAGGCGCUGGGGUUCUGGCAGCGCAUGGAGAGGGCACAACAGGGUGAGCCGCCCGAGUGGAUGAGUACGCACCCCUCGAAUCAUAAUCGGAUACAGAAGAUCACGGAGUGGAUGCCCAAGGCGACGGAGAAGAUGGAGCAGAGCGACUGUCAGGGCACGUCGGCAUUUGCUGAUAUGUUUAGAAGCGCGAUGCGGAGAGGCGUCCGGAUGGAAUAA